CCUCCUCCAAGCCCUCUUUCAACCCUCCCCCGGGCAAUUCCACAGAGAUCCUCUCCGCGCCUGAUUGGACGAGGAUGAAGCGGCGAGGGGCGAGAACAAUAGCAUCAUCCCUCCUUAAAAAGAGUGCAGCUAUGUACUGAGAGCGGAAAAAAACGAAACAACACACAUACACACACAAACCAAAACAUUGCUGGGGAGGGAGGUGGGAGGCAGACAGGCACACCCAUAUCCCUUCGAAGCAAAAGGUAGCGUCCGCAGCCCUGGAUCACGCGCAGCCCGUGGCGUUUCCUCUCCAAGUGCCUUCGCUCGUGUCCGCCCAACGCCGCCAUGCCCAAAGGCUUCCUGGUGAAGAGAAACAAGCGAGCGGCGCUCGUUUCCUACCGGAUUCGCUGUGAUGAGGAUGCUCAAGCUGCCUGCGGCGCCUCGAACCCGGACAUCGCCCCCACAUCAUCAUCACCAUCAUCAGCAUCAUCAGCAUCACCACCGUCUUCAUCCUCCUCUCCACCGCCGCCAGUACUCGCAGCCCCGCCACAGCGGCUGCCUCCGUGUUUGUCGGAGGCGCCGCUUCACGCUCGCGCCGCGAACCCUCCGGUGCAGUUCGGCACCCCGGAAGUUGCGUGCCAGCCGCUGUACAGCCCCACGCGGCCCGUCAGCAAGGAGCACGACCGGACGCGCUACUUCGAGAGGAGUUUUAACCUGGGCUCGCCCAUUUCCGCCGAGUCCUUCCCCUGCACCCCCGCCUCCCUCACCGGCCUGGACCACAUCCUGUUCGCACCCGUGGACUUGAAGAUCGGCACGAGCCGGAGCAGCCGGACAGGGAGCGCGAGCGGCAGCGGAGGUACCAAGCGGCUUCAAGCUGACGGCGCCGAGAGGAAGAGCAAAAGCAGCGCCAAGAAACCCAAAGCCAUGCGCAAGCUCCACUUCGAGGACGAGGUGACCACGUCCCCGGUGCUGGGGCUGCGGAUCAAAGAGGGGCCCGUGGAACCAAAGCCGCGCGCAGCCGGGGCGUCCUCGUCUUCAUCCUCCUCAGGCAACGGCAAGCCGCUGGGCGAGUUCAUCUGCCAGCUGUGCAAGGAAGAGUACGCGGACCCGUUCGCUCUGGCGCAGCACAAGUGCUCGCGCAUCGUGCGGGUGGAGUACCGGUGCCCCGAGUGCGACAAAGUUUUCAGCUGCCCGGCCAACCUCGCUUCUCACCGCCGCUGGCACAAACCGCGCGCGCAGGCGCAAGCAGGCACCAAAGGUGACCCCUCCAAACCCCCAGCCGCCCUGCGAGCCUUUACCGUAGCCACCAAGGAGGCCAGUGGGGAGCUGGCGCGCGAGAGAGACUCCUCCUCUUCCGCCUCCUCCCCGCGGAGCCCCGAGGGGUUCGAGUCCGAGUCCGGCUCCGAGGACGGCCGCAGCGUCAAGAGCUUCAAACGGCACGCGCACAAACCCGCCAGAGCCGAGAGCCCGGACAGCGCAGCAUCCUCCGGCGAGGACGCGCCCAGCCCGAGCGCGCCGAACGCGGCCGAGCGCCUUCUCUCGUGCCCCGUGUGCGGCGAGAGCGCGGCCGGCGGCGCGAGUCUGGAGCGCCACGUGCGCCUACUGCACGCAGCCCACGUGUUCCCUUGCAAACACUGUCCGGCCACUUUCUACAGCUCGCCGGGCCUCACCAGGCACGUCAACAAGUGCCACCCCACGGAGAAGAGGCAGGUAGUGCUGUUGCACGUGCCUGUGCGCCCCGCGUGCUGAAGAGUGAGUGAGCGAAACAGCGGCCUUUAAUCCAAGACUCAAAAAAGGUCUCUAUUCUCAGAUUUUCCCACCACGCCGAGUAGCCUAAAGAAAAGUAUUAGUUUGGUCGUGGAAUGGUAUUUUUCUAUCCGUACUCUAGCUUCUAGACCUAAGAAAACGUCCGACUUCGGUGUACCUCCGUGAAAAAAGCCUCGAAUUCACAUGCUGUACGUCUCCCUCAUCCGUAGCUUUAAUCUAUAGUGUGUGAACUGCAGGACGUGGGGGCUUUCUCCUCCGGGUGGGAGUCCCUUUAGCAUAUAGAGCCACAAAUGCCUUUAGAGAACCACGUCAAACUCUCGCUGUACAACUGCCUUAAAAACUCGGUGUACUGAUUGCUUUUUUGUUUUUUAAAUCUUGAAUGUCUGCACAUAUUUACGAUUUGCUAUCAUUUUAUGUAAAAUGCCUAAUAUGUUUUAAUCGUAAUAUUUUAUUUAUUUAUGUAUUUAUUUAUUAUUUUCACCAGUUUCUUGUGAAUGACUGAGUUAAUUCGUGCGUCCUACUGUGUCCCAUCUCGUAGCCAAAAUGAUUUCUUGUCGUCAGGUUUAUGAGUUGUGUAGGCCUGUGUCUUCAGUGGUCUUUACAGUCUACUCAGCUCUUGUAAACGUGAAGCUCUUAUAGAUGCAAUCCUUUUCUAUGAACAGCUUAUUUUCUUAAAUGUUUGCUACUAGCGCUUUAAAUGUCCCUGUUGUGUUGUCUACUGGAAAAAUAAAAAAAAAAUAUUUUCAAAACGAAAGAGAACCUCAUCGUGAAUAUUUCAACCUUAAACGAACAUUUCGUUUUUCAUGAGUGCAUAGUGAACUUCAAUCUUGACCAUUUUUCCUCCUGAUUAGUGUGUAUCCUACCAGUUCACCUGUUUCAGGAUGUUUUCAUCACAUUUACUGCCUACACUCAUUUCAGUACUUUGUAUCCUAUGUAAUUAGUCGUUUUAUAGGUUCCCAUACCUAUAAAACGAGCUAAAAUACUGAUGAACAACAGAAUAAAACUGGAAGUUAAAUAAAAAUGCA